AGGGCGGGGGAGAAGUAUAGGGGAGACGGUUUUUUCCGCGGCAGCCAUUUUGAACCAGUCGACGACAUGGACAUGUCUUUAAUGGCGCUGAAUCGUAGCUCGACCAGCACCAUGCUGCAGCUGCAGAACCAACUAUUCAGCAUGGGAACUGCCCAGGGAGGGGGAGCGGCGGCCUCGUCCACCUCAUCAACAUCAUCUUGGGCGGUGCGGGACAACUCGUUACCUCAGACGCCCGACGAGACGGAGAUGGAGGAGGCGCCGUCGUUCCCCGACGACCUGUACCGGCUCACCCUGUCGCUGGUGGAAGGAUACAUCCGUUACUACAGCGGAGGAGCGGGCGAGGUGACGGGGCGAGGGUGGCUGGCCUGGGCGCCGCACAAGGACGGGGACGAGCGGAGGGCGGUCGAGACGAUGCAGAGGGUCGGCGACCGACUCAUCGAGAAACACUACACGGCCUUCAAUGGGAUGAUAAACCGUCUGAACAACUCCAACGGCUGUAACCUGGCGUCCAUCUCUGGCGUGGCAGCAGAGGUGUUCAGCGACGGCGAGGUGAACUGGGGCCGCGUGGUCAGCCUGGUCGCCUUCGGAGCGGUGCUGGCUACCCACCUGAAGAAGCAGAGAUCGGAGGACUGCGUGGAGGAGGUGGCCACGCAGAUCACGCAGUACCUUACCAAGGAGACGAGGGAGUGGCUGGAGACACACGGUGGCUGGGACGGCUUCACUAAGUUCUUCCAGGAGAACAACAGCGAAGAGUGCACGAAAAAAGCGCUGAUGUGGAUCGCAGGAGUCGGUCUCGCCGGAGCAAGCAUCAUGCAUCUCCUCAGGUGAAUCCCAUCUGGUCGCCAUCUCCACCACCAACUCCCCGUCCCCUCCCCUGGGAGCCACCGCUCGGGGUUCUGCACCCCCCUCGCGCCGCCACCCUCCCGGUUCCCUCCCCGAGGCGGGGAGGGGAGCGUGAGGAUGCGUGGAACGGGGGGGCGGAAGUGGUCGAGCGGUGCAGAAGAGGGAGGGAACGCACUCGCGUGAGGAUUACUCCAUCUUCUCUCCACCCCCCCCCCCCCCCUCCUCCUCCUACUACACCAUCACACGCAGAACAUGGAAGGUCGGAAGCUGUGCUCAGUUUGCCGAUGAUUGCCGAGAUUGAACCUGCUGGGAGUCGGUGAGGGGGGGGUGAAGAGAGCCCUUGCCUCUUCCAUUUUGGUGCACACUGUUUGUGGAACCUGCAAGGCUUUUACCUUCGUUUUAAAAAGAAAAGACUCAAAAGACUUUUAUCCGAGCAGUGUUGGGACACUUUUGGGACUCCCGCGGCGAAGCAUUACUGCAUCUGACCGGCAUCUUGCCGGCAAGCCCACUGGUUUAUCGACGAAAAGCGGAAAGACAUCCACUUCAGCUCUGUAUCGGCGCGUCUCUGUGUAUUUUUUCCUUCUUUCUUCCUCUCUGUCUCUCUCUCUCUCUCUCUCUCACUCUCUCUCCCCCUCUCCCUCUCUCCCUCCCAACCUUUUCAUCCAAAAGAGGACAGGAGGAGACGGGAGGGGGGGGGGGGGGGGGGAAGCCGGAAGAUUAAAAGGAGCGAGAGAGCGGGAUUACCGGCCUUGGGUGAUCAGCAGAUGGGGGGGGGGGUGUUGAUCCUCGCAGUACAUUUGCCCCCCCGCCAUCUGGGCCACCUGCAGUCCUCUGAACGGCAGCAUUAUCUGACUAAUGAAUUUAAUAAAUUCUCCGUAUGUAUAAAUAUAAAUAUAUAUAUAUAUAUAUACACGCACAUACACAUUUUUGGUUGAUUAGUGGAUGUGAUGUGUGAAAUCCGGAUGGGAGAUUGGGUGUGGGGGGAGGGGGGGAUGCAAAGGAGAUCGGCUGUGGUGUAGCAGAAGCCAGCGUUCUUCCCCCCCCCCUCCCGUCCGUCCCUCACCCCUUGGAGAGGGAGGGCCCGCACGCAGGAGGACGAUCCCGGCCUCCCCUGGUCGUGGCCCGAGCGUCAUCACUUCACGGCCCCCCCUUUUUUUUUUAACCGCAGUGAUACCUCCUGCUCUUCAUUUAUAAUUACUUCGUGCAAAUCCUAUAACCGCCUAAUAUUGGCAGCACCCCCUUCCCCUCCCCCUCCUUUGAUGUUAUUAAUUUUUUUUUGGAUCACAUUCCUGAUUUUAAUCGUUCCACGAUCCCAUCACUGCACCCUCUCCACCUACAGAGGCGCCCGAGUCCUGCCUCUGACAUUUUAGGCUCUUCCUUUCGCCCCCUCUCUCAAGCCCCUGUCAUGGCAAGAGUUGAGUUUUCUACUUGGAAAGGAGGGGGGGGGGGGGGUCACUGCUCUCUUUGGGAGAGGAUGGAGGGGGGGGGGGUAGGAAGAAGAGAGCAAAUGAGUGAAUGAUCCCACUGGUUUUUGACGUCCACUGAUGAGAGCGUGGCAGGAACGCCCACCGCGUGGGUGUAUCUCGGCACAGAGGGGGUGACACGGCCCAGCCUCCCAUCUCCACGGCGCAUGACUUGGUGCGAGGGCCGUCUCGACAGGCAGCGGCUCCUCGAAGCCCUGCCCUUUACGGUGCAAUUUACCGCUGUUCCCAGGACCCCCAUUCCCGGGGGUCCCAGCGCAGUGGUGUCAACAGCAACAGCAGCUUGUUUUAGUUUGGUGCUCAGGCGCAGAGAGAUAGAGAGGGGGGUAGAGUGGGAGAUACGGUGUGCGUUUUUAUCUAUUCCGGGCCGUUGCCUCUGAGUAUUGCGUGCUUCGGUCCAGUGUGGCUGGGAGUGGGUGGUACCGGGAGUCAGUAUACCCGGCGCGCACACACACCACCACCCCCGGCCUCUAGCACGCCCCAGAGAAAGCUCGGCGUCUACUCCCCAUCACAGUGCAGCCUCUAGGUCAGUGGCCACUGCCAUUUAACAGAUUGUUAUUGUCGGCAGCUUAUUAUAAAUUAAAUGUAUUUUUUGAAAGAA